AAAUGGCGUCAGGUGAGGAGAGGAAGGCGUCCUUCGGGGAUGAAAACCAGCUUCAAGCAAUACUGGUGGAAUUAAAUUCACAGAGAAACAUAUCAAGGUUUUGCGAUGUCAUCCUGAAAGUAUGUGGUGAUCAGAUAUUCGCACAUUCCAAUGUAUUGGCAGCAGCUAGUCCUUAUUUUGCGUCCUUCCUCGGACUUGGACAGGAUUCACCACGGGCAUUUUCUCAAAAAAAUCCUCAGAUCAUUGAGAUCCAUAUUGAUGGUAGCGACGGGGACAGUGGUUAUGGAGACGCAGUUCACAGGGUUGUAGACUUCAUGUACACUAGUAAUAUUCACUUGAAUUACAAUGUACUUACUCCUGUUUUGGAAAUUGCUAAAAUCAUGCAAAUGAACAAAAUUCUGGAAUUCUGUGAUCUAUUCCAACGUGGUGAAGAUGGUGUUAAACCAAAAGAAACAAAAAUUAUAAGUGAUGCAAACACCCAGACAAGCGUGACUUAUUCCCAUCGUAUUCAGUCUGAUCCACCCAAUAAAUAUGAUAAAAUCGAACAACCGCCGAAAUCGGAGGUAAAACGAAAAAGAGGUAGACCAAGGAAAAUUCAAGAGCAUAUUCCAUUAGAUAUUCCAACAGCAUUUGAUCAAGAGGAAUUGAAGGAUGAGACAGAAGAAGUUGAGGAAAAUGAUAAAAAAGAGCAAGAUAUUUUAGAGACAGAGGAGGAAAUGUAUAUAAAAGAUGUUGAUCAUGAUCAAUCAGACUUAUUGACAUAUAGUGUAGACAAAUUUGAAACUUCAGUUGAAAACACGAAUGAAGAUGAACCUGAAAGUACACCUGAUGGUCGACCAAUUAGGAGGGUACGUGGCAAACGACCAAAACACUUCGAAAAUUAUGUGGACAGUCCCAUGGUAUGUUACAAUGUCACGAAGUCAAAAUCUGGGAGAGAAAUAUAUGAAUGCCAGGAUUGCCCUUACAAUUCAGAAGUCAUGUAUCAUUUCAGAAGACACCGCUCUUCUCAUUUGAGUGCCGGUUCUAAAUACAAAUGUGACAAAUGUGACUUUUCUACCCCACGACUAAAAGUUCUCACUAAUCACCACCGGAACCAUUUGCAUGAAGACAAUAAAUGCAGCUUUUGUGAUUUUCAGGCUGAUGACAAGCAAAUACUGAAAGAACACCUGGAAAAACAUUCUGGACAAUACCCAUAUUUUUGCCAAUUUUGUGAGACCAAAUUCAAAACAAAAACUCAACUAAAUAUUCAUCUUCCAAAGCACUUGGACAACAAACCAUUUGUAUGCACAGAAUGUAAUGCUGGAUUUAAAUGGAAGCAUGCACUGAAGAACCACAUGAUUACUCACAGCCAAACGAAGGACCACCUUUGUGAUAUCUGUGGAUUCACCACAGCACAUAAAAGCCAGUUGAAAGCACAUAGACUAAUACACACUGGAAACACAUACAAGUGUGAAGUUCCUGGUUGCACAUUCCAAGCAACAAAGCGACAAAACUUGAAAUAUCACAUGCUAACACAUACUCAUGAAAAACCUCACCAAUGUGAAAUAUGUGGACAAAGUUUUUCUCUGGUAAAAAAUAUGAAGAGACAUAUGCUACUGCAUACAAAUACACGACAGUAUAAAUGUAAAUUAUGCAUAUUUUCCACAACCCGCUAUGACAAGCUCAAAGACCACAUGUUAAAACAGCAUGGAGAGGGAGAAAUGCCAAAAAAGAGGUUCAGAUUAAAUGACUAUCAAAAAAGUGUCGUUCCUGGAGAAACCAUAAACUUUGAGGAACUUGGGGAUGGUGAAGUGAUACCAAACAUUGUUCAUGUUGAAAACACUAUGAGUACAGCACAAUGUAAGAUUGAUGAAAAUGCCACUGGUGAGCAACAAAUUUUCAUCACAAACCCGGCUGGGGAACCUUUUCCGAUCACCCUUACCAGGAUAGACAACAUGGAGGGUGUUAACACUGGCUGUUACCAAGCUAUCCAACUGGUGACACAUGUGGAAUAAUUAACUGGUGACACAGGUGGAAUAAUUAACUGGGGAAUAAUCAUUAAUGGAUGGCUCAUGUGGAAUAUGGCUCAUAUACCUUAUUUGACCUAAUAAGGGCGCCCCCUCCCUUUUUUCAAGGAAAUAAAUCUUUGACCGAGUGUCAAAAUGGUGUUCAAAAGUAAUAAUUCAUGUGAAGUGUUUUGCUACUUUAUGUGUUGAAUUUUCUUCUGCAAAUUAAUAUAAGUAACUGGAACACAGUUUUUGCCACAUUUUGUCUAUUCCUACAGAUGACAUAUGCAUGUCAGUGCAAAGAGCACCCGAAACUAAACGCACAUACAAAUAAUAACUUACCAUUUUUAUUUGAAGAU